AUGGUUGCUUCAAGCUUCAUUAAAAUAUUUUCUAUUUUUGUACUAGCUGCUCUUUCAGUCUCGGCUCAAGGAGAUUGUCCCUCAAUUCAAGCCGAAGACAAUAACACUGAAAAAAAGAGAUUUAUCGUUAUACUUGAUAAAGAAGUCAAGAAUGCUGUCAAAGAUCAUUAUGAAACGUUGAAAGGAUGUUAUAAUACACGUGUUCAAAACAUCAUUAAUGUUGAUGAAAGUGAUAUUACCGAGUUUGAUCAAAAUACUAUUAGGGAUUUUUCUGUCGAUGGAUCUAUACAAGGAUAUACUUCAUAUUUUACACCUGAAUUUGCAAACGCAGUUGAAAAAAUGAAAAAUGUUUUAAUUGUUGAAGAGGAAAGUGAUAUUAAAGAGGAUGCCCCUCAACAUUUUAAUAAACGUUAUUCUAUAAAUAGACGUACAGAAGACGAUCAUCCGACACCAAACGUUGAUCGUAUUGAUCAAGCUAAACGACCACUGGACGGAAAAUUUAUUUACCCUGAUUCAGCUGGAAAAGGUGUAAAUAUUUACAUCAUUGACUCUGGUAUUUAUCUUGAACAUGAUGAAUUUGGUGGUCGUGCCAAAUUUGGACGUUCUUUCUGUAAAGGUUGCAGUAAGGAAUUUAUGUCCUACCAUGGUACUUUUGUUGCUAGUGUUGCUGCUGGAAGAACUGUAGGGGUAGCAAGAAAAGCCAAUCUUAUUGAUGUUAGAGUUUUCAAUGAAAAAACUCAAGGUAAAACUUCCGAUAUGAUUGAAGCUUUAUCUUAUAUAAUUGAUCAACAUAAAAAUGGUAAAAACAAGAAUUCAGUUGUAAACAUGUCUAUAAGAGUUGUUCCUGUAUCACGAGCUUUACUUCAUGCUGUCAAAGAAGUUACUGAUGCUGGUAUUCACGUGGCUGUUUCUGCUGGUAAUGAAUCUAAAGAGUCUUGUAAACAAUCACCUGCAGCUGCACCUUCAGCUAUUACAGUAGGUGCUACCGAUUUUAAAAAUGAUUCAAUUACAGAUUUCUCAAACUUUGGAAAAUGUGUUGACAUUUUCGCUCCAGGUUUAAAUAUUACAGGUGCUGGUCUUGAUAGCAAACAUGAUUAUUUAAAAGGUUAUUGGGGUACCUCUUUUUCUUCCCCACUUGUUGCUGGUACAUUGGCUCUUUUAAUUUCCAAGAAUGGUAAUAAACCACCAGCUGAAUUAACAAAAGAUCUUAUUAAUUUAUCAACAAAAGGAGUUGUUAUUGGUAUUAAAGAUAAAAAGGGUACUCCAAACACCUUUUUACGUACUCCAGCUUCAUAA